GUUGGUACUUGAUACGUAAAAGCCAAACAUGGUCUUAUUAGUGUGAGGAGAUAGACGCAUGGUGUUGGUUCAGAGGACCACGACGGUAAUGGAAGACCAACAACAAGAAGAUAAUAGAGAACAGUGGAAGAGGUCUCAGAGGAAAAGAACCUCUUCUUCUUCAUCAUCAUCUUCUUCUUCCAUCAAUAGUCUCGAUGAUGGUUGUCUUAUGCACAUCUUCAGUUUCCUUCCCCCUAUUCCAGAUCGCUUUAAUACCGCCCUCGUUUGCCACAGAUGGAAUUACUUGGCAUGUCACCCUCGGCUGUGGCUUCGAGUAGAUAGAUCAGUCAAAAAUUUAUCUGAACCUGGUGUUUUCCCCAACAUUGAAACUGCUGUCACUGCUUCAAGACCAGGUGAUACCAUUUUAAUAGCAGCUGGCGGAAGUCAUCGUGUCUCAAACAUUCAAAUUAAAAAACCACUCUGCUUGAUUGGUGCAGGUGAGCUUCCAGAUGACACAAGACUCUUUUGUUCUCGAGGCUCAGACAGUGCAUUGGAGUUCCUUUCAACCUGCAAAUUAGCAAACUUAACUGUGAAGGCAGAGCUUGGUUGCUGUUUGCUACAUAGGAAGGGAAGGCUAACUGUAGAUGGAUGCAUACUUCAAUGUGAAUCUAAUCCUCUGGAUUAUCUCUCAUGUCCCAUUGUGAGCACAGCCAGUAGUAGCAGUGAGGUGCUUCCCUCACAAACAAAGAGUAAUGGUGGUGAUGGUGUAUUUGUUUCUCAAACCCGAAUUGAAGGAGGUGUCAAAGCUGUUUUGACAAGUGGGGAUCUGGCCUUGCAACGAGUUAGAGUGAUUUAUGCUCGAACUUCUCUUCUUUUCUGGUUUGAUGUAGAGCACUUGUGAUCAAAUUGGUUAUGACAAGCCUUUGUGAUAUCAUUUGUUGUUUUGCUUACCUAGACUUGUCUGUAAUUUAUUUUAUUGGAGUGAUGAUAAUGUUUAUGAUUCUUUUACUGGUGCUUUUUCUGUUCUUGUUAUGUACCAUUCGGAUAUGUCAGAUA